AUGCAAGUAAAAAUUAAAUCUCACAGUUCUAUUAACGAAUUAGAGCAAGUUCGCUUGGACAAAUGCGCCAAACUUAGAGAGCUUGGUUUUAAUCCCUACCACAAAAGUUUGCCAGUUCAAGACAACCAAAAAAGUUUGCUCAAAAAUUACGCGCACCUUAGCCAAGAAGAGUUAAAAAGUCGCGCCGCUAAAACGACCGUGGCGGGUCGCAUCACUUCCAUGCGCGGUCCCUUCUUGAAUUUAAACGAAAAAGAUCAAGCUGUGCAAGUUUAUUUAGUCAAAGAUUUAGAAGAAAUUCAAAGCGUUGUCAAACUGCUUGACCUAGGCGACAUUAUUUGGGUCAGGGGCAUUGUGAUGAAAACUGGCAUCGGACGAAUCGCAGUUCGAGCUCAACAAAUAAAAGUUCUCACCAAAACGCUCCGACCAAUGCCAGAAAAAUGAAAAGGUUUAACUAACGUUGAAGAGCGUUACCGCCACCGCUACUUAGAUCUUGUCAGUAACUCGGAGGUCCGGGAUAUUUUUUGAACCCGCAGCCGCCUUAUUUCUUGGAUCAGAAGUUACUUUGAUCAGCAAGACUACUUAGAAGUUGAAACUCCGAUUUUACAGUCGGUUUUAGGCGGAGCAGCAGCCCGACCUUUUUCAACCUACCAUAACGCCCUGCACCAACCUUUUUACCUAAGAAUUGCGACCGAACUACCGCUUAAAAAACUCUUAGUCGGCGGUUUUGAAAAAGUUUACGAAAUCGGUCGUCUUUUUCGUAACGAAGGAAUUGAUACGAGCCACAAUCCCGAGUUUACUUCGAUUGAGUUUUACCAAGCUUACUCGGAUCUUGAGGGCAUGAUGCAGCAAACCGAAAGACUUUUCAAACAUUUGGCGUCUAAACUCAAGCGCGACAAAUUUCGUUUCCGCGAGCAUGAGAUUGACUUGAAAAAGCCUUUCCAACGUUUAAAGAUGGUUGACGCGGUUAGCAAAGCGACGGGCGUUGAUUUUAGCGGGAUUAGUUUUGAAAAAGCUAAGCAAGUCGCUCAAAAACAUAAGCUAAAAGUUUUGCCCUACUUUAAAACUGGCCACAUCAUUAACGAAUUGUUUGAACUUUUGGUUGAACCAAACUUAGUUCAGCCCACGUUUGUGACCAAUUACCCAGUUGAGAUUUCACCCUUAGCUGCCGAUUGCGACCAAGACCCAGGUUUUGUUGACCGGGCCGAACUUUUCAUCGCUACCAAAGAGUUUGCCAACAUGUUUACCGAAUUAAACGAUCCGACCGAGCAGUUGGCUAGGUUUGAGAAGCAGUUAGUUGAACGGCAAGCGGGCAACGAGGAAGCUAACGAAAUUGAUUUUGAUUUUAUUAACGCUUUAAAACACGGAAUGCCACCGGCUGGCGGUUGUGGGAUUGGGAUUGACCGUCUAGUUAUGCUUUUCACAGAACAAGACUCAAUUCGGCAAGUUUUGCUUUUUCCGCAUUUACGUGCUAAGGGAAACCAAGAUGUCUAA